AUGGUGACCGACCUCUGGAUCCUCAGCACCCUCUUAUCCAAGAGCAAGAUCAGCAACGCAACAUCCACAAGGAGAGGCUAUGGCUCGAUGAGGGAUGCUCCACCAGCAUCCUGCUGCUUGGCAGUGGACGACAAGGACUUCCUCGCGCACGAGAUGAUUGGCGCACUAUUCUGCUGUUGCCAAUUGGGGUUACCCAAUGUUGGCAAAUCAACUUUCUUUAACAUAUUAACAAAGGUGGGCUCCUGCGCCGGCAACUCCAGGCUUGCGGUGAAGAAGAUCAAGGCUGAGAAGGACCCCAACAAGCCCAUGUGCCCUCGAGCGCUUUCUUCAUAUUCAUGUGAGUCCCAGUCUUGGUUCCUGGUUCGAUUCGUGUUGCUUCUGUGGGACAACUUCAGGAAGGAGUACAAGGAGAAGCACCCUGGCGUCAAGCUGGUCUCCGUGAUUGGCAAGGCCGGUGGUGAGAAGUGGAAUACCAUGAGUGAUGCUCUGGAGAACGAAAAGCAUGUAGGUGCUCUGCUCUUACACACGUCUGGCACCGUCUCCGGCGCGGUGGUGCUUCUUGAGGCGACCGGCGUGAUGGCAGCUUUGUACGGCGGCGAACACAAGCCAUCAAUUCAUAGUAUUUGGCUUCUGUGUGAUGUGGAUAUACUUUCUGAUUUAAUGUUACUAAUAUUUUUUGUUUUGAUUCUUUCUCUAGUGCGAGGAAAGUUGUGA